AGGAUGAGUGGACAGAUGAAGUAAGACAGGCAAUUAGUUCUUGUCACACUCUCAACAACUACGAGACAUGAGCGUGAUCACGUGGCAGGUCCUGGUUGUCGUGACAAUCGCAAGUUUGGUUGUCGGCCAGAAGUAUGACAGGAGGGUUACACCAGAGCAAUGCCGGGAUAGCAACAUCCCGUUUGCACAGUACACGUACCAACAGUACCUCCAACAAAGAGACUUGUACAUCAGGAACAACUGCUCCAGGUACGUAAGAGAUGAUAAUGACAAACGCCAGGUGCUAGACGCUAGAGCACGGCAAUUUAUUUACCUUUGCUUUCUCAACUACCACAACACUGCUGUCCUCGUUGACCGCUGCAAUCAGACCAUCCGUCGCCUUGGCUUGACAUUCAGCACUCCUCCGCCGCUGACUACUGCUGGAACUACUGUGACUGCUACAACUGGUGGGACUGGAACUACUGGAACUACUACUGUGACUACUGGUGGGACUGGAACUACUGUGACUGAUACAACUGUUGGGACUGAAACUACUGGAACUACUACUGUGACUGAUACAACUUUUGGGAUUGGAACUACUGUUGGGACUGGUGGCUAAACAACAGGAACCUCUACUGUUACUGAAAUUGCUGGAACAUGAUUAACAGACAUGCCUACCACAAGUCUACUAAACAGCAACGGUUACUGCUUUCCUCCUGUCUUUUGAUUAGUCCUCUCCAAGACUUCGAUGUCACUAGAUUGUAUCACAAGUAAUGACUACAUCCAAAUAACAGGCGACCUUUCUUAAUUCUCAUUUGUGCGACAUCUUCUACAACGUUCAGUUAGUCUUCUAGGUCCUUUACUUUACUUAUUCCAGUGGCACCACCAUUCCAUGUUUGCAGAUUUUUUUUCAGAGCUGCUUUUUUUCGAGACGCUCAGAAAAAUGUUAGAGCUUUUUUUUCUCUUAAUUCUCUACAAGACCAGAAUGUGAACCACUGGAAAUAAAGAUGAGGAGACUUUAAUGAUUUUAAACUCGAAGAAUGUUUUCGGGAUUUUCUCUUGAAUGUUGUCCUUCAAGGAAUAAAGAAAGUGUCGUCGACCAUGA